AUGGUGGUCCUAGUUUUUGAGCAGUUCGCGGAUCGACUCUUCCUCGGUGCAAUCGAUAAGAGCUGUGCCAUCCGGAGCCUGGACAGUGCGGUCGGCACCCUGAAAAUAGUUCAGCAUCGAGCUCUCCGUUUUGCACAUUCCAGGCAACAGACAUUACUGGUUUUCUACAACAAGUUGAUUAGUAACAAUGGAAAUCGAGCUGGAAUUUCUUCAAUGUCCUCUUCCUCCUCAUCGGACUCAUCAUCCUCAUCAUCCGAGUCGCUGUCAUCAGAAUCGUUCUCAUUGUUAUUUUCCCCGUCUAUAGUAGGAUCCUCUGGAAUGAUCUCUCCAUCCGCAUCAAACUGCAGCUCGACGAGUCCAAAUGCUUUACGAUGGAAAAAGCCAACAGGUGAUCCUGGUGUUGUCUGA